UUUUCUGAGAGCAACUAUUUUGCUUGUGUGAUCUUUCUAACAUCGCUCUACUAAGACAGUUAUAACAUUAUAACAGUAAAAUUAUUCGAAAAACUUCGAGAAACGUGAUUCACCGAAUUUAUAACAAAUCAGAAAAUUCGGGUUCUUCCGAAUUAUCUUCAUUUAAUUUCAUCAUUCAUUAAGAUGAUGGAGAAAAAUAACAUGGUUACUCCCAAAUUGCAUUUCAUUUCCCACUAUUCGGAAAUGAUGAACUUUUACGGCAAUUUAGGUAAAUUUGCCACAAUGUGCUUCGAGAGGAAGCACCGGCUUCUCAAAACAUUGGUCGCUCAUUCAAAAAACUUUAUAAAUGUGGCCUAUUCACUUUCUUGGCUACAUCAAGCAAAAAUCGCUUGUUCGGAUCAAGAAACAGAUGAAACUAUAAACGAAUGGCCAACAACAAAAAAUAUUGUUCGUUAUAUGAACAAGAAGGAUUCAACAUACGAAUUCAUGAAAGCACAGUCAGCUUUUUAAAAAUCGGUGAAAAGAUAAUGGUAAUCGGCGAGAAAAUUGUGGCCGA